GCUCUCCCGCUGCUGGGAGUUCAAGCUCCGCGCGCGAGCUGAGCUUCUAUCCCGUCGGCGGAGUAUCUGUCGCCUCCCCGUUCCGUCAUGUUCCCGGCCGUCUCCUCUCCGCGGACACCGGGGCCCGGGACCCGCAGGGGCCCGCUGGCUGGAGUCGGGCCAGGCUCCACGCCCCGGGCGACAGGCAGAAAAGCCCUCGCCCUGGGGUCCGCAGUCAGCUCCCCGGCGCUCUUCUCGCCGGUCGGCAGGCGUAGCUCGCUGAGCUCGCGAGGAACGCCUACACGGGUACUGCCGCACCACUGUGUGACUGAGUCUAUGAACUAUGAUGUGAAAACGUUUGGAUCUUCUCUCCCUGUUAAGAUAAUGGAAGCCCUAACAUUGGCUGAAGUUGAUGAUCAGUUGACUGUUCACAUAGAUGAAGGUGGAUGGGCUUGUCUGGUCUGCAAAGAGAAACUCAUUAUUUGGAAGAUUGCUCUGUCACCUGUUACUAAGUUAUCUGUUUGCAAAGAGCUUCAGCUGCCACCUAGUGACUUCCACUGGAGUGCUGACUUGGUGGCUCUCUCUUAUUCUGCUACCUCAGGUGAAGCACAUUCUACUCAGGCCGUCGCUGUCAUGGUUGUCACCAGGGAAGGAUCCGUCCGCUAUUGGCCGAGCCUUGCCAGUGAAGACAUCUACACAGAGACUGCGGUAGAUUUGGGAGGUGAUAAGACUUGCAGUUUCCUAACAGCAGUGCAGGGAGAAAGUUUUAUUUUGUCCUCAUCGGGAAGCCAGCUGAUUCGACUGAUACCUGAAAGUUUAGGCAAGAUUCAUCAACAUAUCCUGCCUCAGGGACAAGGCAUGCUUUCAGGAAUUGGUCGCAAGGUUUCUUCUCUUUUGGGGAUUUUAUCUCCAAGUACUGAUCUCAUUCUUUCAAGUGUCCUUUGGGAUAGAGAGAGAGCAAGCUUUUAUAGCCUGACAAGUUCAAACAUCAGUAAAUGGGAAUUAGAUGAUUCCUCAGAAAAACAAGCACAUAGUUGGGAUAUAAACAGAGCUCUGAAGGAAAACAUUACUGAUGCUAUUUGGGGAUCUGAGAGUAACUAUGAAGCUAUUAAAGAAGGGGUCAACGUUCGGUAUUUGGAUCUGAAGCAGAACUGUGAUGGGCUCCUGAUUUUGGCAGCUGCAUGGCACCCAGCAGACAAUCCGUGUCUCGUCUAUUACUCUCUGAUAACAGUAGAAGAUAAUGGCCACCAAAUGUCUGAUGUAGUAACUGUAGAAGUCACUCAAUAUAACCCACCUUUUCAGUCUGAAGACUUGAUUAUGUGUCGGUUGAUGGUCCCAAACUUUUCAAACCAGACUGCUUAUCUGUACACUGAGAAUGCCGUCUGUGUGUGCUCAACAGGAACCGGGAAGCUUUCUCUUCCUCAGGAGAAAAUUGUCUUUAAUAGCCAAGGAGAUAGUAUUUUGGGAGCUGGUUCCUGCGGUGGUCUUCCUAUUCUUUUUUCUAGAAACAGUGGGUUGGUGUCUAUUACAUCAAGGGAAAAUGUGUCCAUAUUAGCAGAAGACCUUGAAGAUUCCAUAGCAUCUUCAGUUGCUGGACCAAGCAAUGAGAGUAUGGUGUUUGAGGCUCCUACAAAGAACGAAACCAUAGCCCAGGAAGACAAAACCAAAGUGUUAAAAGCUGCUUUUCUGCAAUACUGCAGGAAAGAUCUCGGUCAUGCUCAAAUGAUGGUUGAUGAGCUCUUUUCCUCCCACUCUGAUUUGGACUCCGACCGUGAGCUAGACAGGGCUGUUACCCAGAUCAGUGUGGACCUGGUGGAUGACUACCCAGCCUCCGACCCACGGUGGGCCGAGUCCGUCCCUGAGGAAGCACCUGGGUUUAGCAAUACGUCACUGAUUAUCCUUCACCAGCUGGAAGACAAAAUGAAAGCCCAUUGUUUCCUUAUGGACUUUAUUCACCAAGUGGGCUUGUUCGGGCGCCUGCGCACGUCUGCGGUGAGGGGGACGGCCAUGGCCACGCGGCUGCUGCUCUGCGAGCACGCCGAGAAGCUGGCAGCCGCCAUCGUGCUCAAGAACCACCACUCGAGGCUCCCAGAGCUUGUCAACUCGGCGGUGAUGAAUGCUUUAAGCAAGAGGGACUGCGAAAUCCCGCCCAGCCUGACUCCCGCAGACGUCUUCUUUAGAGAAGUGUCACAGGUGGACACCAUCUGUGAGUGCUUACUGGAGCACGAGGAGCAGGUCUUAAAGGAAACAUCGUUGGACUCUGUGGAAUGGGCGGACGUGGUGAUCAAUGUGAACAGUAUUCUCAAGGACAUGCUACAGGCUGCCUGUCAUUAUCGACAGAACAGGAACUCCUUGUAUAGAAAAGAACCACUAGAACCAGAACCUGAGUAUGUUCCUUGGACAGCAACAAGCGGUCCUGGUGGCAUCCGAACAGUAAUAGUGCGCCAGCAUGGGAUUGUCCUGAAAGUGGUUUACCCUCAGGCGGACAGCAGCCUCCGCAACGUUCUGACGGAGCAGCUGGUGGCACUGAUUGAUUGCUUCCUGGAUGGCUACGUUUCCCAGCUUAAGUCUCUGGACAAGUCUGACGAUCAAGAAAGAUACGACAGUCUGGAGAUGGAAUACCUACAGAAAAGAUCAGAGCUCCUAUCUCCACUUCUCACACUAGGCCAGCACUCGUGGGCUGCUUCAUUAGCAGAAAAGUACUGUGACUUCGAUAUCUUGGUGCAGAUGUGUGAGCAGACCGACAACCAGACCAGACUCCAGCGCUAUAUGACCCAGUUUGCCGAUCAGAAUUUUUCGGACUUUCUCUUCCGCUGGUAUCUGGAGAAAGGAAAGCGAGGCAAACUGUUGUCUCAGCCCAUCUCUCAGCAUGGAGAGCUGGCAAAUUUUUUGCAGGCUCAUGAACAUCUCAGCUGGUUACAUGAAAUUAACAGCCAGGAAUUAGAAAAGGCUCAUGCAACACUUCUGGGUUUGGCAAACAUGGAAACUCAUUACUUCGCAAAGAAGAAAACCCUUCUGGGCUUGAGUAAAUUGGCUGCAUUGGCUUCAGACUUUUCAGAGGAUAUACUGCACGAAAAAAUUGAAGAAAUGGCUGAGCAGGAGCGCUUUCUACUGCACCAGGAGACCCUGCCUGAGCAGCUGCUGGCGGAGAAAGAGCUGAGUCUCAGCGCGAUGCCAGUGUUGACCGCCCCGCAGCUCAUCAGCCUAUAUAUCUGUGAAGAAAACAGAAGAGCUAAUGAAUAUGAUUUCAAGAAAGCUUUGGACUUGCUGGAAUAUAUUGAUGAGGAAGAAGAUGUAAAUAUAAAUGAUCUGAAAAUGGAAAUCCUUUGCAAAGCUCUUCAGAGAGAUAACUGGGCCAGUUCAGAUGGAAAGGAUGAUCCAAUUGAAGUAUCUAAAGGCAGUAUAUUUGUGAAAAUCUUACAGAAACUUUUAAAAGAUGGCAUUCAGCUCAGCGAAUACCUGCCAGACGUGAAGGACCUCCUGCAGGCAGAGCAGCUUGGGGGCCUGAAGUCUAAUCCGUACUUUGAGUUUGUUUUGAAAGCAAACUAUGAGUAUUACGUCCAUGGAUAAGUGUAACUUCUUCUGAAAAUGGUCUCUGUUGCUAACAAUUUGUACAGGCUCAUCCUUAUGAAAACCUUAGGCCUUCGAUAUCUGAAAGUUUGUACAGUUUUAUAACGUGUCGCUGAAUUUUUUGUACUUUAUUUAGAAACUGCCACAAAACAGCUGUUGUGACUGUAGUUUUCUCUCCUCCUUUUUCCAUCUGUUUGUCACUUGUUAUUUCAGGCCGGCCACCCUUUCGUUCUCCUCUAAUUCCAUCGAGGGCUCUGGAGUUCUUGUUCUCAUUCUGGCUACUUGUUUGCACAAAGCACUUCGAGGCCUUGGUUUCUAGAACUCUGGACAUGACAAGAUUGCAUGAUUGCGUCUGAAAUUGCUGUUGCUCUGGAGUCGUGCAGUGAGGAGAACUGGGAGUGUUUGGUACCCGUUUUGGUUAGGGCUGCUGAGAAAUGUCUAGUAAGAUGGAUGUCAGAUUUGGUGACUUGCCGUAGGACUGAAAGACCAAACAAGUGGACAUAAUUCAUGUGAGCCUGAGAACUGACUCAUUCAUUGGAAAAUAUUAAACAUUUCUAGGUAAAUAAAUAGGGGAUUAGUGAGAAUAGUGAACAAAACACUUAGGUGGCAACCUGCCUGUAAGUUACCAUACAAUAAGCUCAUAGUGUUAAGUUAGUUACGAUCUUUCAGUGUGGGGAUUCACGGGGUGUUUUCAGGGGGAUUUACAGUGCAUUCCUGCUCUGCCGCGGUCUAGCUGACGUACAGCUUGUGUUAACGCUAGAAGCCGUUACAGGUUUUCUUGCUGUGGCCUUUGACUUGCUGAAAAGUAGUGGUUCUCAGAGUGUCAUUGUUCUGACCAGUGUCAUUACUCAGUUUAUAUCAGCUUUAAAUAAAGACUAGAGACUGGACGGGAGUUACUGGCAUAUUCCGAUCCUGGCUCGGUUGAAUGCUUACUAAACAACUUGCUCCAACUGAAAAGGUCAGAAGUUAAAUAUGGUGAAGAGCCCGGUGCCUGGUCCCACCACGCACUGCCUCAGUGCCCUCUUCCCGUCCAGGCUUCAAAUCCAGCUCUGAACGUGUUGGCAAGACCAGCUUACCGGAGCUCUUUACAUUAACAACCAGAGGAAAGACACUAGCAGUCUUGUCUUAUUCUGUUGCAGCUUGUGUGCUGGGACCACACGAGGGGCCAGGUUAGGAGCAUAUGGAAGGGUGGAGGGAAGUUAGGAAGAGCUUGUCAGGUGGCAGGUGAGAAGUGGUUGAAUUCUUGUGUUCUGAGCCGAGGCUUUGCUUUGACAUAGGCAUUAACAGAUCUUGCCUGUGCAAUCCUGUUCGGUACUAAUGUGCUCUGGGGGCACAGCAUCGGGCCCCCUUCACUUGCUCCCACAAAUCUAAGUAUCCCUAGAAUGACAGGAAGGCCAGUCUGACAGUGACCCUGGCCCCAUUGAUUGUCUAACGUCAAAUUCCUGCUGUCAUGGUGUAGGGCAUAGUUGUCUUAAGUUGAGGGAGGAAAAGGCUUCCUCUUCUAGCGCUCUUUCUUAGUAGCCUGGCACCAAAAUGGUUGGGUUUUUAAAAAUCAAUUAAAUUGAAGUCUGAGGUUUUAAAUAAUUUUUUUACAUUUUUAAAUUUUGUUUCACAACAUAGUCUUUAUCAAAGAAUUGCUGGUUUUUGUAUAAAUUGAGUAAUAAAGGCACAUUGUAAAGGCGAGCAUGUUUUCUAAGGAAAGAGAAGUAUCACUGCCUUGGGAAAGGGUUUUCCCACCCCCGUCUUUGCAGUUCUGUGAGUCUAGCUUGCGGCCGCGAUUAGAAGGCAACGCGGGCUCGCGGGCGGCAGGCAGCGUCGGUGCGAAGACUGCGAGCCUGUGUCCAGGAUGAGGCAGAACUUGAGAUGCACGUGAGGCGGUUGCUGAAACCAUUCUCGAAGAAGGGUGCGCUCACCCUGUUACAGGGGUUUGGUUUUCGAAGAAGUCUUCAAAAUUGGAUCAUUUCUUCUACUUUGGGGUCGGAAUCAAAUUGCUGAAGCCAGUCACCCACCCAGCACACGACUGCCUGCGGGGCGCCUCACACCCCUCUCCUUCGGGGUGGGUCGCCGGAGCUGCAGGAAAGCCACGCCCUGAUGUCAGCCCCGCUCCCAGGCCUCUUGCGACCCGGCACACCUGCAGUUUUGAGGCUGCUAACUGGAAAAAGGUAGUCCCACCUUUUUAUUCCUGGACCUUUUACUGGAGAAUGCCUCAAGAGAAAAUAGUUUUACAUAUUCCUCUGUAAAAUCCAUUCAUUAAAUACAAAAAUGCAAGUUUUAAAAUUUUUAUCCAAUUCUAAAAUUUAAAAAAAUUGUAGAAAAUGUGAAAGUUAUUUUUUUAAAAAGUAUAUGGAAGAAGAUAAACCCCUAUAAUCCCACCAGCCAGAAAUAAUUUUAGUUAACCAGUUUGAAAUGUAUUUUAGGGGCACCUGGCUGGCUCAGUGGGAAGAGGGUGCGUCCCCUGACCUCAGGGUCAUGAGUUCGAGCCCCGAGUCAAGUGUCGAGAUUACUUCAGUAACUUUAAGAAAUGUGCCGUGUCUUGGGCUGUUUGGGGCUGUACGUGUUGUGUGACCUAAUGCAUAUCUGAGCACAUCCGCGUGUCCUUGUUCCCCGGCUCUUCCCACUGGCUUCCCGAACGGGUCUUUUCAGACAGUUUUGCCCAAAUCACUCCAUCCCCAUCCCUCCAUUAAAGUUUAAUACUGCAGAUAUACCA